AUGAAUAUCAACAAAAAGUCCAUCAACAAGAAUUUAAUCAAACUCAACAGUAUUGUGGAACGCCGUUUGAGGAAAUUCUUGCUGGGACCUAAGAAAGGUGAAACAUUUGAACUUCGAAAUGGGCUAGUAUCACAAUACAAACAUGAGCGUAAAGAUGCUAUCCAACGUGUCAUCCAAGCAAUGACGGUAGGUAAGGAUGUGUCUUCAUUAUUUCCAGAUGUUUUGAAAAAUAUCGCAACAUACGACUUGGAGCAAAAGAAAUUGGUUUAUUUGUAUUUGAUGAACUACGCCAAAACCAAUCCUGAACUAUGCAUCUUGGCUGUUAAUACAUUUGUGCAAGAUACAGAAGACCCCAACCCAUUGAUUAGGGCUUUGGCUAUUAGGACAAUGGGCUGUGUCAGAGUCAGCAAAAUGGUUGACUACAUUGAAAUACCUUUGACCAGAACCUUAAAGGACGAGAAUCCAUAUGUUAGAAAGACUGCUGCCAUUUGCGUAGCCAAGUUGUUUGAUUUGAAUCCAAGUGUCUGUGUUGAGUUGGGAUUUUUGGAUGAUUUGCAAAAUUUGCUCAAAGAUCCUAAUCCUAUGGUUGUGGCCAACUCGAUAAAUGCCUUGUACGAGAUUAGAGACAUGAACGAGGACCCAAGUUUGAAAAUUUUGGAAAUUAAUGGCGAAGUGAUUAGGAGUUUGUUAUUGUGCUUGAAUGAGUGUACUGAAUGGGGCCGAAUUACAAUCUUGACUACGCUUACAGAAUAUAACACACGAGGCAAGGUUGAGGAGGCCAAUCACAUCAUCGAAAGAGUUAUACCGCAAUUGCAACAUGCUAACCCAUCUGUGGUAUUGAGCUCUAUCAGGGCCAUUCUUUGUCAUGUGGAGAGUAUUCCCGUAACGGCACAAAAACAAGCAAUUUUGAAAAAACUUUCACCCCCCUUAGUCUCGUUGGUUAGUUCGUCAAUACCAGAAGCUCAAUACGUGGGGUUGAAAAAUAUAAGAAUCAUUUUGGAGAAAUAUCCCAGCAUUUUAUCUAAAGAGUUGAGAGUGUUUUUCAUCAAAUAUUCUGAUCCCUUGUACUUGAAGUUGGAAAAAUUGGACAUUAUGAUUAGAUUAGCCAAUGAGAGCAAUUCAGAUUUAUUACUAGGCGAGUUGAAAGAGUACGCUAUGGAAUUUGAGCCAGCUUUGGUGACAAAAGCCAUCAAGUCAAUUGGGGCUGUCGCUAUCCAAUUGAGUGAUUCGGUGGUGAAAGCAGUGAAUCUUUUGAAUGAUAUCAUUGAUCAAAGAGGGGGCGACUUAAUCAUAAACGAGUCCACUAUUGUUUUGACGAACAUUCUCAGAAGAUACCCGGGCAAGAGUGAUCUCACUUCUUUGAUCAUACCUAUUGUUUCAAAUCAUACUUCUGAGUUGGAUAAGCCUGAAGCAUUGGCAGAUUAUGUGUGGCUUUUGGGUGAGUAUCCCAAAUAUUUUUCAAACUUGCACGACAAGCUUGAAUCAUUGGUUAAUGGUUUCUUGGAGUCUGAAACCCUUUUGCAGUUGAAUAUAUUGACAACGGUUGUCAAGAUCAAUGCCGCAAUUCCAGGUAAUAAAAAGUAUUCGUCCGCACUUCAACAUGUAUUAGAGCUCGCCACUAAAGAAUGUGAAAAUGCUGACGUUAGAGACAAGGCGUAUAUCUAUUGGCGAUUGUUAUCAUCAUCAACAAGCGACUCCUUGCAGAAGAAGAUCAUCUUGGCUAAGUUGCCACCAAUUGAAUCCACGAUUCCUAUAUUCAGUCCUCAUUUAUUGAGUCAGUUGCUCAAAGAAUUGUCCACGCUUAGUUCUGUUUACCAUAAGCCGGCAAAGACGUUUAUAGAUCCGUCAGCGUACUCAAGGGUUCCUAUUGGGUCAGGCGAGGAAGAUGUUGAGGAUUUGAAAAAUUUGGCCAAACAGGAAAUUAUUCAUAAUUCACGUAAUGAGGAUCUUUUGAACUUUGAUGAUGAUGAGGAUGAUGAAGAGAAUGGUCUUUCUGGGAGUACCGAUGGUGGUAAAGGUAGUGCUGUUGGUGACCUUCUAAGUGAAUUGAAUGAUUUAUUUACACCAACACCCAAUAAAAGCCAAGCAACGCAGUCUACCAACGCAGAUAUUCUUGAGCUUUUCAAUUCCGCUCCGCAGAGUAAUAAUGCAAACUCGGUUGUUGGUGGGGUUGAGAAUUUGCAUGUUGGUACAGCCCCAAAGGAGAAUAAAGGCGGAGUCAAUAAUGACUUGUUAGACUUGUUUUGA